CGUACCUAACCCGUAACCGUUCCAGCCACUGUAAAAUUUUACAUCUAAACAAGAGAACAUCAAAAGGAACGCGUGGGAACCAUAUUUGCCGAGCUUGUUCAAAAUCCACUCAAGAUGUCGAGGCGUCGUCACAGCAGUGAUGAGGAGGAGGUUGAUCGCAAGCAACCCAAGCGAGCAAAAAUAUCGGAGCCAACCGAAAUCGAAGACCGUCUGGAGUCUCUUAUAACUAGAGUUGGUGAGAAGAGUACAUCUUCAUUGGAGAGUAAUCUGGAAGGUCUUGCUGGAGUGCUAGAAGCUGACCUAUCUAAUUACAGACAAAAGAUAAUGAAAAUCCUAUGUCAUUGCGCAAUUAAGAUGCCAGAGAAAACGACGGUGUAUACCACACUUGUCGGGUUGCUGAAUGCACGCAACUACAACUGUGGUGGUGAGAUCGUGGAGCUACUUGCACGAAACCUGAAGGAUGCACUCAAACGCUGCGUGUUUGAGAAUGCCAGAACGCUCGUACGUUUUCUCGCCGACCUCGUGAACUGCCAUGUCAUAGCGGCUGGCUCUUUACUUCAGAUGCUCGACGAUUUUGUUGAUGUGACUCUAGAGGAUUCGAUCCCACAGGUGCGAUCUGAUUGGUAUGUGUAUGCUGUGCUUUCCGUCUUGCCUUGGGUUGGUAGAGAACUUCACGAGAAGAAGGAACCGGAGUUAGAGCGACUGCUGUCCACCAUCGACAACUACAUGAAUAAGAGGCAGAAGGUUCACGUUCCAGCGCUGCGUGUGUGGUCGUCUGACUACCCUCAUCCUCAGGAGGAAUACUUGGACUGCUUGUGGGCACAGAUUAAGAAGCUGAAGAUGGAUCGCUGGCAGGAGCGGACGAUCGCGCGGCCGUACUUGGCGUUUGACAGCAUUCUGUGCGAAGCCCUUCAGCACAACGUGCCGCAGGUCAUCCCGCCGCCACAUGGCGAGACGUGCCGCUACCCGUACCCGAGCGUCGUGUUCCGCAUGUUUGAUUACACGGACGUCGCCGACGGGCCGCCGCUGCCCGGCGCGCACGCGAUCGAACGCUUUCUCAUCGAGGAGAACCUGCACCGCAUCGUCCGCACCAACUGCCAAGAGCGGAAGGACUGCGCCGCCGCGCUCGUCAGCUUCCCGGAUCCCAAGAGCAAGAUCCCGCUUAAUUACAUGAUUGUCGAGGUGAUGCUCGCUGAGAUGUUCACGUUGCCGCAGCCACCGAGCAUCGACAUCUUCUACGGGUCGGCGUUCAUCGAGCUGUGCAAGCUGGCGCCGAGCACGUUCCCGCAGGUGCUCGCGCAGGCCGUCGAGAUCCUCUUUGAGCGGCUCGACACGAUGAACAUGUCAUGUGCCGACCGCUUCUGCUCGUGGUUUGCCUACCACCUCAGCAACUUCCAGUUCCGCUGGAGCUGGGACGAGUGGAUCCCCUGCCUCGGCGUCGACGCCGAGCUGCCGAAGCCAAAGUUCAUCGGGGAGACGCUGAUCCGAUGCAUGCGGCUCUCCUACCACCACAGGGUGCGCGAGAUCGUGCCGGAGAGCUACCAUCCGCUGGUGCCUGUGAAACCCGAGCCGGUGUACAAGUACGAGCAGAACGGUGCCAGCGUUCACAAGGGCGUGAUGACCGCCCAGCAGCUGAUGGCGGCCAUCAAGGCGAAGUGUACGCCGGAAGAAGCUCUGGCGAUCCUAAAGACGGUGCCGACACCGAUGGACGAGGAUGACGCCGCGUACAACCCGGUGAAGAUCGACGUGUUCGUGACGACGCUGCUCUUCCUCGGCAGCAAGUCGUUCAGCCACGCGUUUGCCGGCAUCGCCAAGUUUCAUUACAUCUUCAAGGCGCUCGCCGAGGUGGAGGAUGCGCAAAUCGCGAUCCUGCGCAGCAUGUACGACGUCUGGCGCAACCAUCAGCAGAUGAUGGUCGUGCUCGUCGACAAGUUCCUGAAGACGCAGAUCGUCGAGUGCUCGGCCGUUGCAAACUGGCUCUUCGCGAAGGACAUGGCGCCCGACUUAACCAAGUUCUACGUGUGGGAGAUCAUGCACUCGUCGAUCCGACGCAUGACGAAGCAGGUGCAGAAGCUGCAGCAGGAGCUCGAGGACGCGCACGAGAAGAUCGAGGCAGCGGCGCGCAACAAGGAGGCCGGCCUCGAGGCGGACGACGACGAGACGCCGACGGACGAGAUGCUGGAGCGCAUGGAGGAGCGACUGGAGACUCUGCAGAGCCAGCAGAAGAAUCUCUUCCUCAUCGUCUUCCAGCGCUUCAUCAUCAUCCUCACGGAGCAUCUCGUCAAGUGCGAGGCGUCCGGGCACGACUACAACACGCCAUGGUACCGCUACUGCACGGGCCGUCUGCUCGAAGUGUUCCUCAUGCAUCACGACCAGGUGUUCAAGUACAUCAGCACUCUCGAGUCGCUGCUGUUCACCAGCGACAUCGACCUGCACAUACUGGAGGUGUUCCAGCAGUUCUGUUCCCUGCGGUCGUGAUGCGAGUAAUCGUACAAGAGCCACGUUGAUCGCCUCGCUCUCGCUGCAUCGUCCGGACCAGGGUAAAAAAUACAUGGGAGCGAUGAGCGAUUCGCUCUUCAAACCUCCGAAAUCGCUCCCAUGAGGCUCAAAGU